GAACGUGGAGCGGUGGACGCACCCGAAGUUCUCCGCUGUCGUGAAUUGGCUUCCCAGCAUACCGCCACGUUCAUUGACGAGGCGUUGGCUCCGUAUUUUGGUAGUUUAAUUUCAUUUGUAAGGGACGCCGAGUCCCGGCAUGCACGAGGUGGGACCAGUUCGUCUUCGGCAAUGCUGUGGGAACCAGUUGACGGGAAAUCCGGAAGUAAUAUUAGAGCGGAAGAAACUCGAGUCACUCGAAUCAUCAAAGGGUUCAACAUUGAUUGGAAAAAUUCCAUAGAAAAGAUCCACGAAGAGAUUAUGACAGAGUUUGCAAAUUUCACAUUGGGAACUCAGAUAUUUCAAGUGAGUCUUCUGCGCUCCUCUUUGUAUGAUUGUUCACAUUUUUGUCUCUCCCGUGUGUUUACCAAAGGUGUCCACAUUUUCCUCAAUUUAGUUCUUGACGGUACCAUUCCGUCUGAGUUAAUUGCAGUUCGUACUUAUUUUGUGAUACCCGAAUGGAAUUGCGGACGAGGCUCGAUUUUUUCAUGCCUUAGUUACCCUAGCAACACCCCAUCCUAG